AAGCAGGAGCAGGAGCAGGAGCAGUACUUGGACUUAUGAUAGACUAGAGACCCAGAGUACCUGAAAACAAAGACAAAGAGGAGCAAACAACCACUAUAGAGUUCAGUCUCCAACCCCUGCUUGUUUCUCCUCAAAACCCUACUUAUUGGGCUUUAUCAUAAACUUAUAAUACAGAAGGAAUAGUAAACCACAGCCUCAUUGUCUCUCCUCUUUCUGUCUCUUUCUUUCUUCAAAAACCAGAUCCCCAUGGAUACUUAUGAAGCAACAAACGUACUCUUGUCAAAGAUCAAGAAUAUUGACCCUGCAAACGCCUCCAAAAUCAUGGGUUACAUCCUCAUACAAGACUUUACUGACAAUGAUUUGUUAUCUUUAGCUCUUGGCUCCGAAACCCUUUUGCAAAACGUUAUUAUCAAAGCCAAAACCCACUUAGGACUUUUCACGAACGCCUUAUCCACAUAUUCUGAGCGAUCCUCUCCUUCGCUGUUCAAUCCUGUAUCAAAACCUAAGAACAAUCAUGACACUUCCUUACAAUCUUCUGCUAAAGCUAAUCCUUUUUUGGGUUUUGCAAAAAACCCAUUUCCACAUUCAUGGCCUGCUUCUGGCUUGACAAACAACAGUACCGCUGCAUCUAUUGGCCCAAAGUCAAGCCCUUUUCUGUCUUACGAUAAUAUACGUGCUGGUUCUGCUGUGGUGCCUCAAUUUUCUAACAAUUGUGUUAAUGGCAGUGGUGGUGACGCGAGCAGUAACAGUUCUGAUUUACUUAACGAGUAUCAAAUAGAUGAAUAUUUUCCUUUUCUUGACGAGCUCUCUCCAAAAAAUGAUGAAUCAGUGGACCCAAGGAUACAAUUGGGUGGUUUUAAUGUGAAUAAUGUGGAAAGCCAUUUGCAUAGGAGGAGAUUCUCUGAAAGUGAUGCGUGUAUUGGUAUUGAAGAUGUGAGUUUUGGAAUUGGCAAUAGACCAUGUAUGUACUUUGCUAGAGGAUUCUGCAAGAAUGGGGACAAUUGCAAGUUUAUUCAUGGUGGUUUUGAUGGUGAUAAUAUUUCUGAGGUUAGUGGCAGUGGUGUCAUUGGUGGUUCAGUGAGAGAAAUAGAUGGUCUUUAUCUUCAACAACAUGAAGACUUGAUGAGAAUCAAGUCUGCACAACAGCAGCAAAGAUUGGCUUACAACAAGUACAUGAAUUUUCUGUUGCAGCAAGAGAGUGAGCCCCAAAGAAUGAGGGCAGCAUCAGCGAUGAUGGGUGAUGAAUUUCACAAGUUUGGCCUGUUCCAUUCUGAAAGGAAUGACCUUUUGGUAAUGGCAAUGGAAGAAAAGGCAAACUCAGCUUCUAGGCAGAUAUACUUGACAUUCCCAGCUGACAGCGCUUUCAAAGAUGAAGAUGUGUCAAAUUAUUUUAGCACUUUUGGACCAGUUCAAGAUGUCAGGAUUCCAUAUCAGCAGAAGCGAAUGUUUGGAUUUGUUACAUUUGUCCACCCAGAGACUGUGAAGCUUAUAUUAUCUAGGGGGAACCCUCAUUUUAUUUGUGAUUCACGUGUGCUUGUUAAGCCAUACAAGGAAAAAGGGAAAAUUGCAAACAACAGGAGGCAACAGCAUCUACAGCAACAUCUAAUGGAUAAGGGGGAUUUUUCACCCUUUUCUAGCCCUUCUGGGCUUGACCCUAGAGAGCUAUAUGAUCUUCACAUUGGAGCAAGAAUGCUCUACAAUUCACAGGGGAUGAUGCUGAGAAGAAAGCUGGAGCAGCAGGCUGAGCUUCAACAAACAAUUGAACUCCAGGGGAGAAGGUUGAUUAAUCUGCAUCUCCCAGACUUGAGGGGAGAUUAUGUUCAUCAUCACCGGCGAAGUCUGUCUGCUGGGACACCAAUUUCCGUGCCCCCUCAUACUUCUGUUGAUAUCAAUCAAAAUCUUACUUCUGAAGUCGAGAAUCAAGAUAUCUUAGAAGAUCGGCUAAUCAAUGGUAGUUGUUUAAUAUCAGCAUGGUAUUUAGAGCCUGUCUUGGAUAGAGAAGCUUUGCUUCUGCUUAAUUCCCAUUCUGUUGUGGCAGGCAAAUGUGAUAGCUCAGCCGCCACCAUUGCCUCUACUUUUGCUGUUGCUGAACAGAACCUUCAGCAACAAGUAAAUACAACUUGCAUUCAGAGCAAAGACACUGUCAAUGGUGAGGAGGAGAAAAUCUAUCCUGAAGGAUGUGAUGCGAAUGAAUGCUGUGGGACUGUUAUAGAGCAUGGUAUUCCUGAUAGCCCCUUUGCUCCUACAAAGUCACUAGGGAAUCAAGGUCGAUUCUCCCCUCCUUUGGCAGAACUUAAAGAAAGCACCAAGUUCUCUGGCACUUUGUCUUCUGAAAUUAGUGCAUCAAUGCCCAUGAAUUCUACAAGUGAUGUGGCUUCUCAUUGAUGAUGUGAAAUGCUAAGAUCAACCUUGCUAGGAAAAAUACAGCACAUACGAAGGUGGUCCUGUAGAUGUAUAGCAAAAUUAUACCUGCAUCAAAUGGUAGAUCUGUGGAGAAUAUCUCAGCAAGAUUUCAUGAUCAUGAUCAUCAAUACAAUACUACCAACAGCAAAAGCAUAUUACAUACAUAAUGGACAGAUGAACUAAUUUGAGUAGGGUUUUCUCUUUGUUGCUUUUUGCUCUUUUGUAGGUUGUGUUGGACCACAGACUGAAAUAAAACUGAAGAAUAUGACUCUUGUUACAA